AAUAGCAUCGCGCUAGUGUUCGCUCUUGUACCAAAUGAAAAAAAAAAACAAUAAUUAAUCUGUGAUAAUUUACCUCAAAAUAACUGUGAUAGUUCCAUUCGAUAACGAUAAUGGUGCGCAUAAGUGGCAAUGAAUAAUAAUGGAUAAGCAUUGAAGCCCUGUAACGAUAGAAGAAAUCAGUGUUUCAAGGCGCAUAAUGGAUUAUUUGAUGGAUAUCCUCCACAAGGCUCGUGGCUAUCUGGUUGACAUUGGAGCGAUUAAAUAUGUCAACUUUCUUAUCACACAAUUCCUGGCACUGAUCCUUGCAUCAGUCUUCCGUUCCUAUUUGCACCCGUCGAAGGUGACGGCCAGCACCCGACAUGCCAUCGGACUAGUCAUCGGGCUGUUUUUUGGCUACUUUUGUUUCGGCCAGCAGGCCAUCCACAUCGCGGGACUUCCAGCUGUUUGCUAUGUCGUCAUACGCACACAAAAUCCACAGAUCGUACAACGACUCGUUAUGGUGGUCGCAUUGGCAUACCUGUCAUGCAUCCACCUGCACCGGCAGUACUAUGACUACGGUUCGUACUCGCUGGACAUUACCGGACCGUUGAUGAUCAUCACCCAGAAGGUGACCAGCUUGGCGUUCUGCAUUCAUGAUGGCUUUACACGCGAUAUGAAAGAUCUCUCUCGCAGUCAGCAGGAGCACGCAAUCAAGAAGCUUCCUUCGGCGCUGGAGUUUUUCUCCUAUACGCUGCACUUCCAGGGCCUGAUGGCAGGCCCAUUGGUCUUCUACAAAGACUAUAUCGACUUCAUCGAGGGCUACCACAUCCUGAAGCAGACGGCAGUUUCCAAAGCAAAAUAUGAUAUCGAAAAAGAAAUUGUCCACGAACCAUCACCGGUGAAAGCGGUAGUAAAGAAAGUGAUUGCCAGUUUAGUUUGUGCGCUGAUCUUCGUGAAAUUUGCGACUAUAUAUCCUAUCAAGGCCAUGAAAGAUGACGGCUUUAUGGCAACCUCCGGCUUCUUUAGUUCGUUCUGGUACAUGAUGAUGACCACCACGGCCGUUCGUUUCAAGUAUUAUUUCGCCUGGCUGAUGGCCGACGCCAUCUGCAACAACUCCGGGCUCGGAUUUAAUGGUUAUGAAAAGGACGGCGUGACGCCACGUUGGGACAUGUUGUCCAAUAUCGACGUGUGGGCGUUUGAGUUCGGAACCAACUUCCGCAACUGUAUUAACACCUGGAAUACCGGUACGAACCGGUGGCUACGAAUGGUGGUUUUUGAGCGCGUUCCAAAACGGUAUGGUACGGUGCUAACGUUUGGAUUGAGUGCCCUAUGGCACGGAUUUUACCCCGGAUACUACAUGACAUUUGCCACGGGAGCGUUCAUAGUGAUGGCGGCACGAGUCGCACGGAAGUUAUUCCGUGAACCCUUCCAGGAUACGGCAUUUAAAAGGAUAUUUUACGACAUUCUGACCUGUCUCGUAACGCGUGUUUUCAUGGGGUACGCCACAUUUCCAUUCGUUUUGCUCGAGUUUAAGGCUAGUCUUCGUAUGUACCUGAAUGUUUUCAUGUGCCUUCAUCUAGUCGCUAUGAUCGCUGUAUUUAUUUUAACAAAAUUUGUACCACGCGGUGAGCGGAAACGUUCUCCUGUUGCCACAACCAUCAGCGCUACAUCCGGCACUGCUACGUCGCAUGACUCAGUCAUCGAACCCGCAUGCCUACCACCGUCGACAAAGUCUGGCGCUGGUGAGAAUGGUUGGCAGAAACUUACCGCCACAGCCGAUAGAAACGGAACCACCGCUAAUGGCAGUGCUACUGCAGCCGCCGUCUCCGUCAACGGUCACUCUGAAAUGAACGAACAACAUCAAACUGUAGCAACUAGUAAGACUGAGAGGGAAAGUGAUAAUCUAUCAAAUAUAAUCAAGGAAAAGAUCGAACAAGAAACGCGCAACAUCGAAGAGCUGAUCGACAAAACCGUUACCGGAAUCGUCGAACUGAAGGACGACCUGAUGCGUAUGAACGAGAACAACGAGAUAUUCAUCUCGGCCGAAACACUCCGCAAACGCCAGCAGAACAAGGCCGAGAUUCACAGUGGCGCGGAUCACACCGGAGGAGGAGUGGACGCCUUUCUCAAGAAGGAGAUUGACGCACUCAAUGCAGCUGUUCAGCAGGUAAACGUAUUACCGGCUGUUCUUAGUAAUGGCCAUGCCAAAUAAUAUUCUUCCAGCCAUCGGCAUCACCAAGUCGAGUUGGAGCAUGUUUAACUUUACCACUAAGAUUUUUGAACAUCGAUUUGCGGUGUUUCAGAUUCGCGCAAAAUAAAAACCCAGAAUCCAGAGAUCGCACGAACAAAAACGAUUUCUUUAUAUUUUUCAAACGGAGGUAAUUUUUCCUCUCUUCCUUUUUAUCAUAAAGAUUUAACAAAUCGCUAGUGAAGUACACAACCACACAAAUACACAAAUACAUACAAACUAAGAAGCAAACCUAAUUCAAGUGAGUAACUUCAAUAAGUGUGCGCAUUAAGAUUAUAAUGAUAAUGGUAACUAGAUAUUUCCAACAAAAAAAAAACAAACGUUAUAAAAGUACUAAACAAUUCUUGCAAAAACCAGAAACUAAAUAAAACACAAACACAUGCUCGAUGGGGAAAGAGGUCACAUGUAGAACGACGGCAUAUGGCACAACAGCUGAAAGGAAUGUGUAAUUUGAACUUAUCAAACCAAAACGGAUUUUAAUUGAUAUGAACCAUAACAUGACGCGACUUGAGAAUGGAAAUUAGCGAUACUCGCCACUGCAAAAAAAAAUCACACAAAGAACUCAAUACAAAUUACUGUUGUACCGGGAGAUUAAAAUAACAAGUGGAAUAAAACACUUACGUGACUAAGCGAGAGAAA